AUGGCAUUUUGGGAACAGUUUCGGCAAGUCAUUCAUGACAAUGGGAGGCUUUCCGUUUGCGAGAAGUUCAGCUACUUGAGGUCAGCUCUCACUGGGGAAGCUGCUGCAGCAGCAAUAUAUGGACUGCCAACUACAGAAAGGUGCUACAAUGACGCACUUGAAAUUUUGAAAGGUCGUUACGGGAAUGAAGCCCCACAAACAGAGGACCACAUGACGAGGCUCAUGGGAUUACAACCAGUCAGGUCCCACCAGGAUGCAAAGGGUCUCAGGAAGCUCCAUGACGAGCUGUCAUCGCAUAUAAGAGCUCUGAAGGCAUUAGGAGUCUCGGAGGAGUCGUUUUCGUCAAAGUUGUACUGCCUAAUGCUUCGCCUGAUACCACAAGGCACCGUUGUGGAAUUCAACAGAAGGAUGCUGGAGGCAGAAGAUGGAUCUCCAGAGGAAGAGGGAUCUCGAGAGGAGACGCCCAACGGACAAGGUGACAGAGAAAAUCCAACACCUUCCAGAGGGGAGCACGUCGCUAAGCUACGUAAAUUCAUCAAGUUCCUACGAGUGGAGGUAGAAUGCUUGGAAAGAACGCUUACUGCUCAAGGAACAAGAAGAGAUACAGGAGAUGGAUUUCCAAAAAUGAAAGGCGCUCGAAAGCAGCGUACAAAGGGAUCAGCGAGACUGUCGUCAGCAGCAGCACUAGUCAACACUACAUAUCAGCUGUCGGAUUGUUUCUUUUGCAAGUCACGGGAUCACUGGACCACGGAGUGCGACGCACGAAUGUCACAGGAUGACAAGCUUCGAAGGCUGCAGGAGGCAGGGCGAUGUUUCCGAUGCACCUGGCCAAACCACGUAUCUAGGAAAUGUUGGAGGAAGGUGAAAUGCGGUAAGUGCCAAGGAAGGCACGCGGCUUCGGUGUGCAAUCAUCGUAGAGGAGAUGAAGAGGUGAGUCAAGACCGCGCAGCGGAUGGAACAACUCAACUGAGUUUAGAGCUGUUGAACGAAGAUUAUGCUCCUACGACUGUUUUGCAGACCACAGUUGCUUGGUGCAAAAGGGAAAAGGAGCAACGGAAAUGUAAGGUGAUGUUCGACACCGGCAAUCAACGAUCGUUCGUGACCAAGCAGAUCGUCCAGACGCUCCACUGCAGAACGGUGGGAGAAGAGACUGUAAAAGUAGGCGUGUUUGGAGGGCAAGAGGAAGAGCGGCUAUAUAGACGAGUUCGACUGAAACUGCAAAGUCUAUACAACGAGAACGAGUACGACCUGGAAGUCCUGGUAACGGAUACCAUAUGUGCACAGAGGACACCAAGGCCGGGAUCCGGAAUACUGGACCAGAUGAAAGAGAGGCAUCUAGCAGUUCAACAUUUGACGUGCGCAGAAAGCCAAGGACAAGUGCAAGUUCUCAUCGGCACAGACGUGUACUGGGAUCUGGUGACAGGAGAAGUUAUCAGGUUAGGACGAGCACUGAGAGCAGUAGAGACGCGGCUGGGAUGGACAGUGCACGGGGCUACUUCAGAAGCGGGAAGGAGUCACGAGUCCAAUCAAGCACUGGUACUACGAGUUUCUGCUAAUCAGGACCAGCAGGAUAACUACGUGCAGAAGUUUUGGCAACUGGAAGCAAUUGGAGUCGCACCAGAAACCGAAAACAGUGAAAGCGGUAGAGUACUGCGGCGGUUCGGCGAAGCGGUGACUUUGAACGAGGGACGCUAUGAGGUAUCGCUUCCAUACAAAGCCGUAGGGAACUUGGACAGCAACGAAGAGAUUGCGCUGAGGAGGCUGGGCCAAUUAACCAGAAAACUGUCAAAACACGAAAAACUCAUGAACAGAUAUGAUGAAGCCAUACGCAUGUAUAGUCAAAAUAACAUGGCUGAGAGAGUACCAGCGAAGAGCGGGGAGGUCGUCUACUAUAUGCCUCACCAGGCGGUACCGAGAGAGACGAGUAGCACUACCAAAUUGAGAGUGGUGUUCGACUGCUUGUCAAGUAAUGGAAGCACGAAGUCCCUCAACGACUGUUUGGAAGUCGGGCCUAAUUUAAACCCGGAUGUAGUGGAGCUAAUGAUCAACUUCCGAAUCCAUAAGGUGGCUUUAGUAGCGGAUGUGGAGAAAGCCUUUCUACAAAUGCAAGUGAAAGAGCACGAUAGGGAUGCUCUCCGCUAUCUCUGGUAUGAAGGAAAGCCACAAAAACGAAGCCCGCUACCGAAAAUAGAACAUUGGAGAAUGACAAGGGUGCCGUUCGGCACAACGGCGAGUCCCUUCCUGCUGGCGGCGACGUUACGACAUCGUUUUAAGGUCAUGGAACAAGAAUACCCUGAUACCGCAAAAAUGCUGGGAAAGCACAUGCACGUGGAUGAUCUGGUGACUGGGGCGAAUGAUGCAAAAGAGGCAAUCAAGAUUGCGAAAGACUCAACAGAGAUCCUACAACGUAAUGAUGAUGUAGGAUCCUACAUGAUCCUACACCGAACAUGA